UGAUGCGCGGAAUAUAUGCGCAGAACGGACUUUACCUCAUCUUUAAGUUUGUUUUCCAAAAAUUUGUUACAGGCCAAGGCAGAGUUUGGUAGAAUCCUAUGUGACCCAAAAGCUCUUGUCAAUAUGGCUGACAACUACAGCAAAGCUGAAAGCAAAGUGUUGGGGUGGGCAGAGAGAAUUGCAAGCAAGAGUAUCAAGCAACUCGUUUCUGCGAUGAAAGCUAUGCUGUUGGAGGAUCCAAACAGAAGAGAAGAUAUUGAAAGCACUGUUGUAGCUUUAAUUCUUCAGUCGCAAUUAAAAGAAAAAUCAUGUGGUUCAAGAAAUUUAUUUUUCAUGAUUUGCAGUGAUGAUGACUCUAUCGAUGAAGAAGUUGCUAAGACGACUUAUCCAAGGGUUGUUGCAUCUGGGGACCUGGGCAGUUUGAACCCAAUAUAUAUUGCAGUAGAGGGGCAAAUCUACUUGGACCUUUCAGGAAAGAGAAUCCCGGUAUGCAUGGUAGUGGCAUUGGUGAUGAACUCUUUUUAUAUUCUUGACAUGGAAUACACUCCAGAGGUCUCAAAUGUUUAUGCUUUCCUGGAAGCCACACUUAUGGGCAAGCAUGGUGAUGCGAAAAAACGCAUAUCUGUUCAAAAAUUUAUUAAAGAGCUUGGACUCAACCUAGGUUAA